UGAUCUACAUCACGUUUAUCAAAUUAUCUACAGUGAAAUAUGUCAGGUAUGAUCAACCGUCAUACAAAAGUUACAGGAAAAUUUACUUUCCGCAAUGCCAGGACGCCCGUAACAAAGGUAAGACCUUUAGGCGAACACCGGCAAAGAAAUCCGGAUGUCGAGGGUCAACGGUAUGGUCAGAGAAAUGCCCUGCUCAUAGCUCUCCGGCCACUACUAUUGUGCAUGACACUCAGUGGAACAUUUGACCACUGGAAGAUCGAAGGAGGACAUAACUCUUGUAGACCACUGAUAUCGAAAUGUUUGAAAUGUUAUCGAAUUACAAUGUUGGUAUUAUUUGUGAUAAACUUUUUCCGGUAUAUUCCAACUUAUUUGGAAAUAACUGCUUUCGGCCCGGAUCUGCUUACAAAACUAAUGGUACACCUCUGGUACCUGUUGUGCAUUCUUAACGGAUAUGCUUGUUACAAAAUGGUGGAAGAUCAUGGUAGACUUACGAAUCUGUUACAGUUGAUAAAUAGUUAUCAAGAUCAGUUCGAAAAUGAAGAAGAGAAAAAGGCUGUUUAUUCCAAAGUUAGACUAAUCACAAACAUUAGCAUGGGCCUCGGGUGGUUUUUCAAUAUCGGAAAUGUGGUGUUCGCUGGCUACAUGCUCUAUAAAUCGGAUAUAUUUGAUAAUUUCAUCGCUCCAUUUACAAACAAAAAUUCAAUGUCAUCACUUAUUAAAGCAGUGUACUUAUUUAUCCAUUUUCUUUUAUCCUGCACGUGGAUUUUUACGUGUAUAGCUACGAUGAUAUUUUCCUUAGCAAUAUAUUUCCUUCUGAAACGAUUUGCACGUAGGAUUGAAAAGAUCAAAACUCGGAGUACACCGGAAGUACAAAAUAUACUGGAGAGUUACCGGAAACAGCACAAUGCAUUGUGUGAAAUGAUUGACGUAGCAGACGACAGUUUUAGUUUAUACGUGGCUUUCAGUUUGACGGUUUCCAUGUUGCUUGCCCUGAUGCUUCUCUACAAUAUCUGCUGGUAUGAAAGUAUAAGGUCAGAUCCCGGCCAGCUCAUCUCUCACAUCUUCUGGUUGAUGGCAGUUCUUUCCAAUCUAAGUGCUGUAGCCAUAUCAACUGGUAUGAUCAACCAAUGGGCCCAUGCUCCUUUGCGCACACUCUACAACCUCUCUUUGACUGAUGUCUCCGGAGAUUUCUCCCUGCAGAUGAAUGUAUUUUUACAAAGACUGAAUGGUGCUCCUAUAGGUCUGUCAGCGUACAAACUCGUCCUAAUGGAUAAACAUACCUUUAUCCAAAUCGGAGGAGUCCUAGCCACGUAUUUUGUUGUGUUACUUCAGUUCCAGCAAUGACUUAACAUAACGGAAAGGAAGACAAUUCUCACCUUUGUGACAAUCGAUGGAUAUCGACUCGUCAAUAUCAGGCCGGAAACUGUUGUCGCAAUAUCAUUCUGUCACACACGAGUUGUUCAACUGGACUCAUUAAUGACCGCAUUUUAGUACAAUGAGCCUAAUAUCGUAAGAUCGAUUUUACAUCCAAAAAGAAAACGAAGAAUUUAAUUCAGGAAACAGGAAGUGUUUUUUCAAUUGUCUAUCAUUUUGUGCUUUGUUGCGAUCGAAAAGCACCGAGCGUUUGUUUCCUAGAUUGUAUAUUGACGUUGGUUGUUUAUUUUGCAAUUGCAUUCCUUAAGCGUUUCAUUUUUGUUGAUAAAUUGUGCAUUACGUUAACGUGAAACAAAUUAUUUUUGAUUGACGAGAAUUAAAAAUUGUUUAUUUUUGUGGUAUGAACGAGAUAAUUUACUUGUAAUUUUGUUAAAGAGUAUAUAAAAAGUAGUUAAAGAUCUUAUAACACAAGUACAACUGGAACUGUUAUCCCAAAGUAAACAAAUAUCCUCGUUACCUAUCAUUUUCAUCCGUUUGUACAGUUCUGAUCGGCGAAUAUACAAAGUACUGUGUAUUGUGACAUGGUUACCAUGGUAACUUUUAACAACUUUAGAAGUUCAUCUAGCUUU